CGGCUACCACGACUUCGACAUACGACAUACCCCUUCCAGCGACCGUCUAAAGUCAACAUGAGUUGGUCAGGCUUCAAGAAGUCGAUGAACAGGGCGGGGACGACCUUGAUGCAAAAGACGGGUCAGAUCGAGCGCACAGUGGACAGUGAAUUUGCAGACUCGGAGGCGAAGUUCAAGGUUUACGAGAAGGAAUGUCAGUCUCUGCAGAAGGAGAGCAAAGCCUACAUCGAUGCUAUGCGAGCCAUGACCGCGGCUCAAACCCGGCUUGCGGAGACGAUUGAAGCGUUUUACGGCGCAGCGGAUCGCACGUCUGAGGGGGCGAUGGCGGCGCACGCAUACAAAGCGUCGGCUACCGAGCUGGAUAAUGCCGUCUCUAGGGAAUUGGAUGCGCCAUUCAGGACAACAAUCAUGGAGCCACUAGGCAAGAUGAACGCUUACUUCCCUAUCAUCAAUGAACACAUCGCCAAGCGCAACAAGAAGAUGCUCGACUACGACGCUGCCCGCAGCAAGAUGCGCAAACUCAUCGAGAAGCCCAGCGAAGAUCCCACCAAGCUCCCCAAGGCCCAGCAAGAACAUGAUGACGCCAAGGAAGUCUUCGACCUACUCAACGAACAGCUCAUCGCAGAGCUACCCCAGCUGCUGGACCUCCGCGUACCCUUUUUCGAUCCCUCCUUCGAGGCCAUGAUCCGGAUGCAAUGCAAAUUCGCCGAAGAGGGCUAUGAGAAGCUCAGUGGCGUUCAAAGGUAUUUCGCUGACAACGUGCGGGACGACUACGCGGCAGGGCAGCUUGACGCUCAGGUCGAAGGCGUCCUUCAGGAGAUGCGGGAGCUGUCUAUUUGCGGUGCCAGUUGAAGGGUUGUCUCCUAAUAUUGUCGGGGAGCGCUGAGUGUACUAUGCUAUUCUCUUCUGUAGCAUCAGCUUUGUAGAUCUCGUACCGUCGAUCAUGACCGGGACCGAAAUAUGUACUUAGGAUGGAAUUACACCACGU